AUGCCUCCCAAGAAGCAGGAUCCCAAGGCCGCCGGCAAGAAGACCGGCAAGGCCGUCGAAGACAAGACGUUUGGCAUGAAGAACAAGAAGGGUUCCGCCGCCCAGAAGCAGAUUGCCGCCCUGCAGGCCUCGAUGAAGAACGGUGGAAAUGCCGAGCAGAAGCGCAAGGAGGCCGAGAAGGCGCAGCGUGAGCGCGAGAAGAAGGCCGCUGAGGAUGCCAAAAGGGAGGCCGAUCUGCUUCUCAACAAGCCCGCCCAGAUUCAAAAGGUUCCCUUUGGUGUCGACCCCAAGACGGUCGUCUGCAUUUUCUUCAAGAAGGGCAACUGCGAAAAGGGCAAGAAGUGCAAGUUCUCCCACGACUUGGAGAUGGAGCGCAAGGUCGAGAAGAGGAAUCUGUACCAGGAUACACGAGCAGAGGAAGACGACAAGAAGAAGCAGGAGACCUCAGCGGACUGGGACGAAGAAAAGUUGCGUUCCGUCGUCCUGUCGAAGAAGGGCAACCAGCGCACCACCACAGACAAGGUGUGCAAGUUCUUUAUCGAAGCGAUUGAGGAGGGCAAGUACGGUUGGUUCUGGGUCUGCCCGAACGGAGGAGAUAAGUGCAUGUAUAAGCAUGCUCUGCCGCCUGGGUUCGUUCUCAAGACCAAGGAGCAAAGGGCGGCUGAGAAGGCGCUGUUGGACAAGUCGCCUCUCAGGACCCUCACGCUCGAGGAGUUCCUUGAGUCCGAGAGGCACAAGCUUACCGGCACCCUCACCCCCGUAACGCCGGAGAGCUUCGCCAAGUGGAAGAAGGAGCGUCUCGACAAGAAGGCUGCCGAGGAAGCCGCAAGGAAGGCCAAGGAAGCGACUGGUCGUGCCAUGUUCGAAAGUGGCAACUGGAGAAUGGAGGCCGAUCUCGAUUCCGAGGACGAGGGGGACGACGACGCCUGGAACUUGGAGAAGCUGCGGAAGGAGACCGAGGCCCUUCAAAAGAAGAAGGAGGAGGAACGCCUGUCACAGCUCCACGGCGUUCCUAUCACACUCGGCGAAGCAAAGGAUGUUUCAGAACUUGCCGAGCCGGCGCUUGGUACAUGA